CCACAUAUUUGGCGAUCCCCUUCGCCCGCGCUCCCGGAAAACAGAAGCGAAAAGCGCGGGAGGAGACGGGUAGCGGCGGCGGGAAGCAGGCCUCGACGGCGGCGCAGGGGUUGAGAGUAAGCAACAGCGACCUGUCCCACUUGGCGAAAUGCCUUGUUACUACAACGUUGAUGACAUCCUCAUGGAGGAGGAGCUUAUUUCGGUUGUUUUCCAAGUAACUGCAAAUGGCGUUGGUAUGCUAGAUCCUGGCGCCGAGAGAAACAGUGUUGAAAAGGGUGCUAAGGUAGACCUUCCAUUUUGGCUUGCUCAUGGGAUGCUGUCUCUGGAACAAGCGGUGUCGAUAAAUGUACCUCCUUGCUUCACCCAGAAAACUCGGAAGGAGAUCCAAGCUGAUGCAGCCUGUGUUGAUUUGAGGGUUCGGUGCCCUUACUUUUAUGAGCUAGGAUGCAAGAUUGUUCCUCUGGUGGGUGACAAGAGCAUCGGCCAGUUCUUGCGCUACGCGUUCACCAGUAGGUACAAGGAGGUACUAAGCAAGGCACACAGCUCUUCGACGAUGACAGUGCCCAAGUUUGCAACACGCCUUACAAAAGAAGAGGCUCAAGUGUUUGAAUCUGCUAGGGAAUCGAUGUCCGCCUUCAGGAAGUGGCGCGUCGGGGGUGCGAGGCUGCAGAAGGCGUCCAUUCUUGGAAGGAAGAGGAGCUGCCCGACGAUCCUUCGACGCCCUGAACCGUCUUGACCGUGAAGCGGAGUACUCCGGCAGGAGAGCUGAUGUAUGCGCACUGAUUGAUCCGGUGCUGUAACUGUAAGGAACGAAAAAGGCAAUUCUGAUCCGUGAUCAGACAUUCAUGUAUUUCAAUCUGGUGCACCUGAUGUGUUUCACUCUUGCUGUUAGAUGCUUAUUGACUGCAAUUUUCGAGGAGGUUUUGCUUGCUACCAAUCAAUGCAAAACAUUUUAGAUGCACUCAUAUUGAACUACUUGUGGUAUCUCUUUUAAUAA